AUGGAGAGCUCGCAGGCCGGCGGCCGGAGCACGCAGGUGUCAAAGCAUGCCGAAACGGCGCGUGCUGGAUCCCAUGAUCGAGGCGACAAUGUCUGCGGUACUUGUUCGCUAUCGAUCUCUCGCCCGUGUUUAGCCUUGGAUGGAAUUUACCGCCCAAUUAGGGUUGCAUUCCCAAACAACCCGACUCGUAAGCAGCGCCUCCUGGUGCGACAGGGUUUGGGCACGACGGGGCUCUCACCCUCUCCUGCGCCCCUUUCUAGGGGACUUGGGCCCGGUCCGCCGUUGAGGACGCUUCUCCAGACUACAAUUCGAACGCCAGUGGUGCUCGAUUCACAAGCUGGGCUUUUCCCGGUUCACUCGCUGUUACUAGGGGAAUGGUAAGUUUCUUUUCCUCCGCUUAUUGAUAUGCUUAAACUCAGCAGACGUGCCCUCGACCUAAUGGCUUGGGGCACAACUUGCAUUCAAAGACUCGAUGGUUCACGGGAUUCUGCAAUUCACACCAAGUAUCGCAUUCCGCUAUGUGCCGGAGGAUCUUGUUCCAAAAGGGGAGGGACCGGGACGAUUCUAAAAAGGGAGGAGCGGAGACGACUCGUUGCAUCGUUUUUUAUAUUCUGGGAUGGCUCCCCGGAGCACCACUGGGAUGGCUCACCGGAGCACCGUCAGGAUGGCAUCGCUGGAAUGGCUCGCUGGAGCACAGUCGGGAACCUAAUCGACGGUGGGGGCACCGAUGUCCAGACAUACGGUGGGCGUAGGCAGUGCCCUGGACAACCCCUGUUCGCCUCAAUAUCACCUCCCCCCUAA